AUGUUUGAUCGCAGCGAGAUGUCUCGCGACGGGUUGAAAAUCAACGGCGAUAGGCUGAACAAAACACUCCAGAGCACCUGCACAUCAUGGGGAGCUCUGGCCGCACCAUCCACAGGCAUGUGUCGCCUUUCACUCAGCCAGGAAGACAAGCAGGCCCGUGACUGGCUCGUUGCUGAGUGUAGCAACAUCGGAUGUGAAGUCAAGAUUGACGAGAUGGGCAACAUAUUCGCGAUUCGACCGGGAACCGCUAAGGAUAAGAAUCCCAUCGCAAUGGGUAGCCACAUGGACACGCAACCUGCAGGUGGCAGAUAUGACGGUAUUCUUGGUGUUCAAGCUGCUUUGGAGGUCCUCCGAACACUCCACGAGAACAAAAUCACGACUUUCUGCCCGAUCGCCCUAGUCAAUUGGACAAACGAGGAAGGCGCCCGAUUCCCUGGAGCCAUGAUGGCCUCUGGAGUCUGGUCAACCAAGUCUUCCACUGGACUCGCCGCCUGUUGGGAAAUACAGGAUAGCGAGGGUAUGAGAAUGAAGCAAGCACUGAAAGAUAUUGGAUAUCUGGGAGAGACCAAGUGCGAUUACAGGGAAAAUCCGUUGGAGUGUCACUUCGAACUUCAUAUCGAACAAGGACCUAUCUUAGAAAAAGAAGGCAAAUCAGUAGGAAUAGUCACAUCAGUGCAAGGCAUGAAAUGGUUUGCGGUGAGAGUCGCUGGCGUCGAAGGCCACUCUGGUACAACACCCAUGCCUGGUCGCGCGGAUGCUCUUGUGACUGCAUCGCGGCUGAUUUCGACGGUUCGAGAUGUGGCGCUGAAUACUGGACUUGGUGUAGCCACAGUAGGCGUCAUCAAAAGUGAUACCUCCAGUCAAGCGACUAUUCCGGCAGGGGUGGAGUUCAUCAUCGAUAUUCGAUGCUCAACAGACGAAAUGGUGGAGCAACUUGCAAAGUCCAUCUUUAAAGCUUUCGACCAGGUCAUGAUAGAAGAAUCGAACGGAACGCCAUACAGUAUCCAGCGAACGUGGGGAUUGCCCGAGUCAAUAUUUCACCUUCAGUGCAUUAGUGCGGUCCGCACAGCUGCUCAAAAGUCCGUCGGAGAAGACCAGAUCAUGGAUAUGAAAAGCAGGGCAGGCCACGACAGUGCUUGGACAUCUCGGGUGUGCCCCACGAGUAUGAUAUUUGUACCUAGUCGAGACGGAAUUAGCCACAACCCAAACGAAUAUACGAGUCUAGAACAUUGUGCGUUAGGAGCCCAAUUGUUACUUGACUCAAUCUUAUACUAUGAUGCAAAGGUGAGCGAAGGGAAGUUUUAG